CUGGGAUUGUAUUGAUGACUGUGGCUUCGAUAUUUGUACUGCUUGGAGAUCUCAAUCAGCUCGCCAUUUUAUCAACUAUGCCAUUCUUAAUUACUUACGCAUUUGUAAACUACGCUUACGUCUCUUUGGCAAUGAGUUACGAUCUGCUUACGAUCACUCAUGCAGCUGAAGAAAGCUCCAAAUAUGGCUCGAUGCAAAAAAUUGGUGAUCUCGAUGAACUGUUCCCAGAACGUCAGCAACAACAAGUUUCAGCAGCUACUGUAGAAGCUGGUGGUAUAGUGGGUCAACCAGCCACCUGGUAUUCGAUGUUUAGCAAUCGUUACAUUGCUUUUGUUGGUUUUCUGGUGAAUCUCUUCAUACUUUUGCUUAUCCAUUUCUGGUUUGCCGUGGCACAUUUUGCUGUUCUCAUCAUCCUUUACUUCUAUAUCGGGAGGGUAUGCCCAGCUUGCAGUCCAGGAAUCUCAACCUUUUCCAUCCCUCAUAUGUUCCGCACUGCCUUCUCCUCACUAGAGGCAAUCGGCGUUUUUAACAGAGGACCAUCUGUUUUGACAAAGGAAGGACCAUCGAAAGAUGUGCUCACCGAGCAACUCAACGAAUCGAAUCCGGAUUAUCAAGAUCGAAAACAAUACCAUCAUGCUGAGAACGUC